UUUAUCGGUUCUUGAACUGACUCUCAUUUUAUCAACACUCGUACUUACUAUUUUUUAUAUUUAAGUUCAAGAUAACGUUUGGAACACUCAGAGGGAGAGGAUGACGACGACAUCGUAUUCUACGUCAUCACUAAUAUAGUCGGUAGCCCGUUGCAACUGACGUUUACUUAAAUAGUAGGAUGAAAGCGAAAUAAUUUGACUUUUACAAUCAGAUCCUAUUCAAAUCCCGUUUCUGUUGAAAUUUUCUGUUUAUUAUCAUUCUUAGCUUGGCUUAAAAAGCUUUGCGAAAAUUGUUUGGCUUUUAUUGAGUAGACGGAAGAUUCUUUUUAAAGAAAGCUUUUGUUUUGAAAACAUAAAAUUAAAGAAAAAUUGGAGUUUCAAGCAUUUACUCUCUACUUCCAAAUUUGCAGGAAGAAAGCAGUGAUCAAGUAUUACAAACCUGCCAUCCCUUAUUGAAAUUUUAAUUGAAAAUGGCUGUUCAGAUGCCCGAUCGACAAUUUUUAUGGAAUAUUUUUCAAGGAGUUGAUAAAGACAAAAGUGGCUUUAUAACAUCUACUGAACUUCAAUCUGCUCUUUCUAAUGGAACAUGGCGACCUUUCAAUCCAGAAACUGUGCGGCUCAUGAUUGGCAUGUUUGAUCAUGAUGGCAAUGGGACAGUCAAUUUUGAUGAAUUUUCAGCUUUAUGGAAAUAUGUUACUGACUGGUUAAAUUGUUUCAAAAGUUUUGAUAAAGAUAAUUCUGGCACUAUUGAUAGAAAUGAGUUGAAGACUGCUUUUUCAUCAUUUGGCUUUAGGCUGUCAGAUACUUUUUAUGAUCUUCUGAUACAAAAGUUUGACAGAGCUAGUGCAAGUUCUAUCACAUUCGAUGACUACAUUCAAGCAUGCGUUACAUUACAAUCUUUGACUGCUGCAUUUCGUGCACAUGAUACAGACAUGACUGGUGUGAUUAGAAUUUCGUAUGAAGAGUUUUUAAUUAUGGUUGUGAAGACCAUGUUUCAAAAGUGAAAUAUAUUAAUGCUUCAUAUCAUUCAACUAUGAACUCUGGAAAAGCCAAACUGCUAUUACUAGUACAUUCUUCAUUUUGAAUAAAUAUUUUGCUAUGUCUUCAGCUUAAUUCACUUCAGUUGAUGUGGAGUGAUUGAUUCAUUUAAUCUUUAAAUUUCAUGAUAUACAUUGUUGCUUAUACUUUUGCAAAAUUUUUAUUACUUGACUGAGAAUAAAUGUUUUUUAUUAUUAUUUCUGAAACUUCUUUUGUUAAAUUGCAUAAUUUUUAUUUUGUAUAUGUUAAAUCACAAUUGUUUCUUAUACUGUGAUUUUUAAAUUGUGUGCUUCAUUAAAAAUCCUUUUGCUAUGGUUAGAAAUAUCAUAACCUUUUGAUGCAAUGUUUUUAAAAAAUUAGUAAUAUUUAUUUUCUUAUGUCUUAUAUUACUAUUACGAUAUUGUAUAUAUUUUUUGCUAUUAUAAAGCCUUACCAGAUAAUCUCAUAAUUUGAUAUAGUUAUUAUAAAAUCUUUGUUAAAUGGCAUUGUUGCUAAUAAAGAUAUCUCCUUUUUUUUU